AUGACUGAUACAGCGAAAGACGGUUCGGCCAAUAGGGAGGACGCUGUCUCUCGAAAGCGGACGAGUAGCAAUGAUGAUGACGCCCCAUCGAAGCGUCGUGUUCUGACUACGGCGCGGAGAGAGCAGAAUCGCCAGGCGCAGAAAGCAUAUAGAGAGAGGCAGAAACAAGAGAGGAUACGACUGAAGCAGGAAAAGGCUCAAGCCCAAGCCACUUCCAGACAGCGCCUAAGACCUCUUCUAAAACGAGAGAACCCCUCACCGAGAGACUCUUCCGAACAAAAGACUUCAAUUGGGGAGAUAUACCCAUUGGAUGAAGAAGUCACAGAAACCAUCGACACAUCUGUUAAAAAGCUUGAGCCGAACCUUCCAGACCUUUACAUGAACAUGCUUCAGUUCGCACCAGCAGCCAUCUUCACAUCAUGUCUCACCAACGCAAUAUCCCUAGGUCUCGACCCGUCCGUCAUCGCAGACUGCAGCGUGGAACACAUAUCACCAUUCUGCCAACCCAACCUCUCAUCCACACUUAAUCACGCAGCUCUCAUACAAGCAGGCUCCAACAUCCUGUCAACUUUUAACAACACCAGUAUCCCCGUUCAUCUCCGUCCAACAAUGGCACAAAUCCUCAUACCUCAUCACACAAGUCUUGAUCUGAUACCUAUUCCAUUUCUACGCGAGCGAGCUAUAAUGCUAUCAGCUGCAAUGCCACAUGCCUUUAAUAACUGGGAACUCAAGCUGGAUAUAUACGAAAGAGGCGGCUUGACGAUAUGGCGACUGAACCGUGAGAAGGGUGAGCGUGGGAGGGAUACGUAUCCGCCUUGGGACAUGAAGAGCUGGGAGGCUGCGCCGUGGUUCUUGAAGAAGUGGUGUAUGCUUAUGGGGAGGGAGUAUGAUAAGAUGCAGAAUCAGAGCAUUGGGUGGCAGGUUGUUAGGGAUAUGAUAAGUUCGAGGGAUGUACAGAGAUUGACGACUAGUUAA